AUGUAUUCACAACAUGCCGCCGCGGGCAUGGCCCCCCAAAAACCAGAGACCUUCAUGCUCAGCACCGAAGCCCAGCAGGCGUUGCCCCAUGACGCUCAGGUUGCUCUGCAACAGGUUGACAACCUCAAAUACUUCCUCAUCUCUGCACCUGUCGACUGGCAACCCGACCAGUACAUUCGCAGAUUCCUCCUCCCCACAGGCGAAUAUGUCUCCUGCGUUCUCUGGAACAACCUCUUCCACAUCUCCGGAACCGACAUCGUCAGGUGCCUUUCUUUCAGAUUCCAGGCCUUCGGCCGGCCAGUCAAGAACUCCAAAAAGUUCGAGGAGGGCAUCUUCUCCGACCUGAGAAACUUGAAGUCGGGAACUGACGCUUCGCUCGAGGAGCCCAAGAGCCCCUUCCUCGACUUCCUCUACAAGAACAACUGCAUUCGCACACAAAAGAAGCAGAAGGUCUUUUACUGGUACAGCGUCCCCCACGACAGGCUCUUCCUCGACGCUCUUGAGCGGGAUCUGAAGCGCGAGAAGAUGGGUCAGGAAGCCACCACCGUCGCUGUCAGCGAGCCUGCUCUCUCGUUCCAGUACGACUCGUCUCAGUCUCUCUACGAGCAGCUCACCAAGGCCCAGCAGGCCAACUCGUCCUCCUUCAACGCUCAGCAGGUGACAUUUUCCCAGUCCCAGUCCACCUCCCCCAUUAUGCGUCCCAUGGACAACAUGCCGCCUCCCCAGAUGAUCCCCCAGUCGGUUGCUCCCAUGUCUGACGGAAUGGACGCCAUGGUGCCGUACGGGGCGAUGGGCAUGCCUCCCCAGAUGCCCCCGCAGCAGAUGGUCAAGCGGGAGCCCGACUACAGCCGUGUUCAGUACAACCAGAAUGGUGUCCCCAUCACCCAGGGCCACCAGAGACACGCCUCGAUGCCUGCCUACGGCCUCGAGUACUCCCCUGCCCCGUCUUUCGUCUCUUCUCAGUACGAGGACUACAGCAACCGGGGAAUCUCCUUCGAACCCAUCACGCCGCCCCAGCAGGCUCUGGGCAUGGCCGCCGAGCCCGCCUACAUCGCCAACGAGGAGACCGGUCUGUACACCGCUAUCCCCGACCACAUGGGCGGCAACGUCAACGGCCUCAACGGCAUGAUCCAGCUCCCCCCCUCCAACCUCGCCGGCCCUCAGUUCUCCAGAGCUUACGGUUCCAACAACGUCUACUCGGUGAUUGAAGGAUCCCCCACCUACAAGCAGAGAAGGCGCCGUUCGUCCAUCCCGCCUGGAAUGUCCGCCAUCGCCGCUGCCACCGCUCAAGCACAGGCGCAGCACAGACCAUCGGAUCUCCGGCGGUCGGUCUCUGCAUCAGUCGGUCCUGUUGCUGAAGGCGACGAGUCUGCGGACAACUCCCCACCCGGCCUUGCCUACAGUAGCUCCGCCAUGUCCAUGGUAAGCCAGCAGCACAAGGAGAUGCUGGACCUGUCCCGGCACGGCACUCCGCUGUCCACUGUCGAGGGCAGCCCCGCUCUCAACCCCAUGUCCCUCCAGCAGCAAGACUACCACCUCCAACACGAUGACAUGUCUGGUGAUGGUUCUAUGAAUGGUGUUCCGCGUCCUGGUAUGCAGGGCCCCAACGGCGUCGUUCGUAGAGCCCGCUCCGCGACUGUCAUGGAACUUGGACCCUACCCCCAAAAGUCCCACUCCUGCCCCAUCCCCACGUGUGGCCGCCUCUUUAAGCGUCUCGAGCACCUCAAGCGACACGUGAGAACACAUACACAAGAAAGACCCUACAUCUGCCCUUAUUGUAGCAAGGCAUUCUCCAGAUCAGACAACCUAGCACAACACAAGCGUACUCAUGACCGUGGCGAGAACGGCGAGACUACUCUUAACUUCUCCGGCGAGGAGGAGGAGGAGUACUCUGGUGAGGACCAGCUUGGUUCCCUCGGGGAGGCCUCGCCCAACUCCGAGAACGCCUACGUUACCGCCUCGCUCAACGGCGUCGCCAACGGCUCGACGCCGCCGACGUCCAACGGCAUGGCCCAGUCAUUCAACAGCUUGCAGACGCUCAGCAUGCCGAUGACCAUUAGCCAACCGGCCAUGAACGCGAGCGCCAUUAUGUGA